AGAAAGAAGAAGAACACAAAAGCAACAAAUCAAUCAGAAGUCAGGCCAAACAACAAAAAAAGAAUUCAAACAGAAACGCCAGCAAAUAAACAGCUCAACAGAGCAAGCCGCCGCAACAUCUAACUAAACUCAAAUAGAAAUUCCUGUUAAUUCAACGCCGCCCUGUGGGGAACAAAAAAAAAAAAAAACAGUAAAGAAGGACAGGAGGCAGCAGUAAGACGAAACCAGAAACAGUUAUCACGCAGAGAAAUCAAAGCUGGCCAGCAUGGACAUAAUCAAUAAAGUCACGGAUGCAUUUUGGAGUACGCACAUUUGGCUGCCGCCAAAUACAACAUGGGCGGAUAUAGCGCCCGGCUCCCGUCCAGAUGUUGUGCACGCCAACUAUCGGGAUUUGAUUUGGCCAAUUCCAUUGGCCGCUGUCGUUAUGCUGGUGCGUUACACAUUGGAGCGCUUUUGGAUAUCUCCGAUUGGCAAAUCGUUGGGCAUACGAAGCUCUAGACCUAAGAAAGCGGCAAAUGUUCCUACAUUAGAGUUGGCAUAUGCCAAAUCAUCGCAUUUGGACCACAAGUGGCUGGCACCGCUGUCCAAGCAGGCGGACAUGUCUGAGCGCCAAAUCGAGCGCUGGUGGCGUCUGCGUCGCGCCCAGGACAAACCGUCGACAUUGGUGAAGUUCUGCGAGAACACAUGGCGGUGCCUGUAUUAUCUGUAUAGCUUUAUAUUCGGCGUAAUAGUGCUGUGGGACAAGCCCUGGUUCUGGGAUGUCAAGACCUGCUGGUAUGGCUAUCCGCAUCAGUCGGUGAGCAACGAUAUCUGGUGGUAUUAUAUGAUAUCGAUGUCGUUCUACUGGUCGCUGACGGCCACACAGUUUUUCGAUGUGAAGCGCAAGGAUUUCUGGCAAAUGUUUAUACAUCAUAUGGUCACACUGUUGCUAAUGUCGCUCAGCUGGGUGUGCAACCUGCAUCGCGUUGGCUCCCUGGUGCUGGUCGUGCACGACUGUGCGGAUAUAUUCCUUGAGGCUGCCAAAUUGACCAAAUAUGCCAACUAUCAGAAGGUCUGCGAUGCGAUCUUUGCCAUUUUCACGGUUGUCUGGAUUGUUACACGUCUGGGCUUCUAUCCGCGCAUUAUCUACAGUUCAUCUGUGGAGGCACCUCGCAUUCUGCCCAUGUUCCCAGCCUAUUAUAUAUUCAAUUCGCUGCUGUUAAUGCUGCUGGUGCUGCACGUCAUCUGGACCUAUAUGAUUCUGAAGAUUGUGGUCGACUCCUUGCAAAAGGGCCUGUUAAACCGCAUGAAUGGGAGAUAUAACAGUAUGCAGUCGAUGAAACGAACAGUUAGAGGGAGCUCUUCCUAUUAGCUAACAGUGCACUUGAGUAUAUUAACAGUUGUGACGUCACCAAAUGCAAUACACAAUGUUGGAUGGCAACGCUCUUGUAAUUAGCCAAGAUUGCAUUUGUGUGUAUAUUAGGAGUUGUGACGUCAUCAAAUGCUGCUCUCCAUGUUGGAUGGCAACGCUGGGCAAAGCAGUGAAAAAAAGGGUUAACAGAAUGUGGUGUGUCAACCCGAAGUUGGAGAACGUGAAGUUGGUUUGAGUGAGCGACUGUUGAUGACUUGACGAGAAAUUUCAAAUUGUGCAUUGUGCAAUAACUAUUCAUUGUUAUACCAUUACAUUCAUGUGUACAUUUUAAGAAUAACCCCCAAACAACAAUAUGCGUGCAAUAAAACAAUUGUGC